AUGUCGUCCAAGACGGAACCACUGGCUUGGACACCCACCACCCCAGCCCAAGACCGCACAGAUCUGACGACUGCCAUGCUUCCCCCCACGUCGACGUCACUGCCCUCGGUCCCACCAACAGGAGCAUCACCGUCAUCGUCGUCUCCGCCGGCACCGCCGUCACUUUCCGCCGCCGACACAAGUCACGACCAUCCAGCAACCCCUUCAAGAGCCUCGACCUCGACGCCUUCGUUGGAUGUGUAUGCAGCAAGACAUCUCGCCUCAACUUCCCAUAUCCAGCCCACCGUCGAGUUCCGGUUCACGAACCCGCACAGGCCGGCAGGCGCCGUCGCUGGCGUAGGACAGACUGCGGGCAGCUCAGCAGCGAGCGCGCUCGACGAACGCGGUCGUACAAACCCGGCAACUUUGAGCAAAAGUCAUGCACCGAACUUUGAGCGCUUUAGAAAGGACAGCUUCAUCAACCAAUUUCGACUGGCAGCCUCAGGAGGCGUCAUCGGCUCGGCCGCUGUGAUCGCGAGGCCAUUCAGCUCCGCCAACUCCAACCCACGUGCUAGCACCCCCCAACAAGACACAGGCCGGGGCCACGACUCGAAAGCGUCGACCUGGCCUGCCGCCUCGGCCAAAAAGGAUGCUCUAAGGCAAGCUUCGUCUAUCGCCGGUGCUAGUUCGACAAGCGCCGUCACUCAAAACUCCUGCUUGCCAUCUCCCACUGAUGUUCAACGGGACGCGACGACACGUUCGGCAUCCCCUCGGACACCAUCGAAUUCGCGACCUUCGUCUGUCGCCCCGCCAGUGGUACCCGAAGGGAAGCAGCAUUCAGAAAACAAUCCGCCCGCGCCAUCGAAGCCCAAGAAGCCCCUCGCUGAAGAUCGCGCCUCUUUGAGCGGCUCCGGUCACGGCGCCGCACCAACCGGCAACGGGACGAGCGGGAUGAGUCUCCAGAAGCCGGGCGCUGGUCACCGCGGGCUGGAAAGAAGCAAGGAGGAACCAAAAUCCAAAAGGAUCAAGACGUCAGGUGGCACUGGCGGUGGAAGUGGGUCUGCCACCGAGCCCGGACGGACUGCUCGUCCAACGACUGCGCAGGACAACCCUUUGGCGAUGCAGGCUGGGGUGAUGCAGAAACUGAGCACGCAAAUGGUGCGUACCACUCCCGGCUGUGCUCAAUUCUACAUUACCUAGAAUCUCUUCUUUUACCCCGACAGUACAACGAGAACCUCGAGUACAAGCGUCGAUUGGAGCACACCGAGAGGAGGGUUCGCGGGCUUGAAGGGGAAAAGCAGGAGCUCAAGCAAACCUUUCGGACCAAGGUGGAAACCGCGCUGGAAAAGUCAGUUGCACGACUUUCAUGUCUCCAAAAACUGGGGGCUCAAAUGGCUAUCUAUCUUUUUCUCCAGGUAUGGUCAAGCUGGGUUGGCAAUGGCUCAAACCCAGAAGAAUCUUCAAGACGUGGCGGAGCGGCUGAAUCGUGAAUUCGAUCUUCGGGAACUUGAGGAAUUACGGCGGGAAAUUCAGGACUCACUCGGCAGUGAGUUGCACGGAGCACCUUCACUUUCUCUGGUGACCGUUUUUAUUCAUGCCUUAUUCUUUGGCCUCUGUUUGACAGCUCUGCAGCGAGACUACACCAAUCCCUCGGGCAGUCUGAUCCUCGAGCGAAUUGAAUCUACCAAGCUUGAGGUGAUCCGCCAACAACAGCAGGAGCUCAAGAAUCGCGACGACGUUAUCUCGCUCCUACGAGAGAAACUCGAGAUGAACACCGGCUUACUCGCCGAGGCGAAUGUUCAGCGUUCGGCGUUGGAGACUCAAGUUGGCAAACUCGAGGGUCAGGUUGAACAUCUUCAGGGAGUGGUUCAAGGGUUGGUGUCCAAAAGCGAAGCGGAGCGAGCGAAGCAUUGUCAAGAGGUUCAGGAGCGGGACUCAAUAAUCGCCGCUACUACCUCCGAGAAGGAGAAGCUGGUGACCGAGUGAGCAACAAUAUCAUUCUUCGAGGUGUAUUCUGGACCUGACCUGACACGCACUUUGUGCCCCCAGACUCGAAGCGUUGCAAACUCGACAUGAUACCGUCACUUGGCAAAAGGAGGAAUUGGACCAAUCGCACAUCCAAAAGGAAGACGAGAUCAAACAACUUGCAACAAAUCUACACACGUGAGUCUGAGCACUUUAUCCCGCUCAGAGCAUGCGGCACCCGCUGAAUCCUCGGUGUCGAUCAUAGCGAACGAAUGGAACUAGAGCGGCUUCGAGGCGUAAACGAAGGGCAGGAGAGGGAGGUGGAGACGCUGAGACCACUUAGGUAAGUGUGGUCCCUAGUUGUGUAUUUUGAGCUACCACGAUCAUAAGUCUAAUCAAACGGAAAGCUUGAUGUCUUUAGGGGGGAAGUUGAGGAAGCCAGAGCCGAGCUUGCGAAGCACAGGAGCCAGACCGACCAAACCAUUCAGGGCCUCCGGACCGACCUGUCCAAGCUUGAAGAUCUGUAAGUCGUCGAAAUGUACGAGGGCUAGCUCCUGUAUGAGUCAUGAUCCUCAUAAUAUCCCGAAUUUUCAGAGUCGCAACAAAGGACGAGGAAAUACAAAGCCAAGCUACCACGAACGCGAAGCACGUGGAGCGCAUUUCGAAUCUCGAAAGGACGGUGUCCAACUUGGAAGCGACGAACCAAACCGCUGCAUUGCAAGCUGUAAACCUCAACAACACCCUCGAAGCGUCCCAACAACAUGUUCUAGCUCUCCAAGCGGAUCUACAACGCCAACGUGAUACGAACCUUUCGGAUCAACUUGAAUUGGCCGCCAGUCGUAAGAACGAAAUCAACCUCGAACACGAAUUAGAGCAAGUCAAGAAAGCGCGCGAUGAAGCUUCCGAACGAUGUGCGACCCUCGUCACGAGACAAGAAGAACGCGAGCGACAAAAGGUCGAUGAAGUGAUGGCGAUGAUGGAACGUGAGCUCGCGAAGAGGGAUGCUGAUUUGGCGAGCAAGGAAGGGGAAUUGAAGCGGGCGCAGAAUAGGGUAGGAGUGGAGGAAAGGGCGAAGCAGAAAGCUUUGUUGCAGAUUGCCAAGUUGAAGCAGAGGCCGGUGAUUGAGAAUGAUGUAGGGUCGUCACCUAAUGGAUCGGCGGUGAAGGAGAGGGAAGGAAGUGGGGAGGAAGGUGGCGAGCUAGCAGGGGUGAGUUCCGAUGGUCGGUAUCCAGUUUUGCAAGUCGGCUUCGUGACUGGUCGUAUUGAAUCACAGGCUCAAUACAAUGGCGAUUCUCCCACUUUGAAUGCCCUGAAACCGCCCGCGAUCCCCGUCAGGGCUUCACGCGGCAGCGCGAGGCGAGCGGCUCCGGCGGCGACGAUAGCAAGUAGCAGCAGGCGAUAG